AGAUUAGAUACAUAUAGAUCAAUGGAAUAGAAUUCGAAGUCUAGAGAUAACCUCUUAUAAUUAUGGCCAAGAGUUUUACUUAGCAUUUGCUAAGUAAAAGAAAUGGGCAAAAGGAUCUAACCUGCAUUAUUUCAUUUGUAUGAGAUUUUGGAAAAAUUUCAAGUAUGGAAAUCAAAACACAGGUUGUCAGAGGCUGAGACAGUGAGAGAAUAUUGGUAUAAAAGAAUAUAGGGAACUUUCUAGGAUGAAAGACAUGCUCUGUAUCUUAAUUGUGGGUGUAGUUGUACCACUUUAUACAUCUAUAAGACCUCAUCAAACAUUUUUCUAAAAAGGGCUACAUUUUCCAUAUGUAAAUUCUAAUUAAGUCAAAUUUCAAAUGGAAAGCUAGCAGCUCCUCACGCUUUAUUAAGUAUCACUAAUGUAGUGAUGAGAACAUGAACCUCAGUCUGCAUACCUGGAAUUUCAGCCUUGUUACUUACUGAAAGACAUUUACGGUGUCUUUAAUGGAAGGCAGUAGCAAUAUGCAUAAUGUAACAGGUAUUGCAAAUUUAAAUUAUUUUAAGUGGUACAUUUAUAGCAAUUAUGUGACUGUCAGAAAAUUUUGGAUGGUCUUGAAUUUUAAUCUUAAAAUAUUGAAACUAUGAACUGAAAUGUUUGUUUUUUCACAAAAGAUUUAUUUAUGUAUUUGAAAAUCAGAAUUACAGAGAAGGAGGGAGAGACAGAGAGAUCUCCCAUCUGCUGGUUCACUUCCCAGAGGACCACAACGUCUGGGGCUGGCCAAGCUAAGCCAGAAGUCAGGAGCUUCUUCCAGGUCUCUCAUGUGGGUCGCAGGGGCCCAAACUCUUGGGUCAUCUGCUACUGCUUUUACCAAGCCUUAGGGAUCUCAUUUGAACGUGGAGCAUCUGGGACAUGAAUUGGCACCCAUGUGUGAUGCCAGUAUUGCGGGCAGUAGCUUUACUGGCUGUGCUACAUCACUGGCCCCAACUGAAAGUUUUUAAAAUGUGUAUUUUCUAUUUUUGCGAUUUCAAGAAUUGAUUGAAAAAGUGCAUUUCUCUUCCCUUUAUCCAUUCUUUUUGGACAAACCUCACUCUCUAAUGCAGGCAAUCUACUUUUCUGCACUCGACUGACUUGGGCUUACUUACAAAACCUAGAACAGGCAGUCUUUUUCUCUGAUGUUAUCUAAUCCAAUUUAAUGACCAAUGGGAAGCUUUAAUUAAUCAACCCAGCUUGACAUAUCCAACAUAUUAUUAUUUUCCGUAACUCUUUAUAUUUUGAAUUGUGUUCACUUUAUAAAUAUAUAUCAAGAUUUAUUUCAUUAAAAUAUUUAUACUCUUAUUAAAAUAAUUGAAAAUGUGAAUGAGGAAGAGGGGGAGGAAGAGAAAGGGGAAGGGAAGGAAAGGAAAUAUCUGUCAGGUGCGACUGCCUCUGUUAGUGGAUGCAAGGGGUCCCUCUGCUUGGAGUGUGGUCAGAUAAUCAGCCUGAAGCAGGAACAGCUCAGGGGAAAGCUUUAUUUGACAAGUAAAAGAGGCAGAGGGAAGGUACAAUUCAGGAAAAUAAAGCCUACCCCUCAGAGAACUAGUUCGCUUAAGUUUUUACUCCAAACGUUAGGGUAGCACCCUUCCUGUGUACACUCUACGUCUUCAUACCUUGUAGGUUUAAAAAAAAAAAUCUAAGCCAAAGUCUGUUUUUUGGAGCUAUAACCGUUUCUGGUUCAUGUUGGUCUGGCCCCCUCUGUGAACAGUCUUGCAAGAUAAGCUUUUCUAUGUUCUUUUUCCUCCCCCUCUUCUGAAUCUUAUGCUCUUGGUUAUGUAAUCAAAGCAUGUGAGUGCCUCAUGGUACCUAGAAUCAUGUUUUGUUGUUGUUGUUUUUAUCAAUAUUACUGUAUUAGUGUGUUUCAUAGUUAGGAAUAACUAGGACUUAUUUCAGAUGUUGUUAUAUAUUAUUCUAUUUAGCUUCUAUAUUGUAAAGGCUUUGAGGACAAAAGCAAGAGAAAGGACACAUUUGGCAGAAAUGGUGAAUUUAAAUGAAGAGAAAUCACAUUUUAAAAUGUUGGAAGAUGCUGAGAAUAUCUGAACAAAAAACUUUAAAAAUAGUUUUAUAAGUGCCAAUGAUUAUAUUUAAGUAUGAAGUAUAAAUUACAUAGUUUGAUCAUGUCAGGAUUCAUAAAAUGUUAGAGUAGCGUUUUCUUUAAGUCUUCUUAAAAAGAGUUAUGAACUACACAUUUAAAAUGAUCAUGAACUUAGUUAUACUAAGGAAAAAAAAUCACAUAUGCUGUACACUUUGUCUUUUAGGAAGGAAUGUUUCUAGAAUGUAUUUCUAAUUUGAAGAAUUUUUCUUAAAAGGUAUGUAGGAGUUCUGCUGCACUUGAUAAAAUUGAACACUAAGAUCCUGGGAAAUCUUGAAGUGUAAUGAAAACUAGGAAGCUAAGUAUAAAAGUAAUUACGAAUAUGGGGGAAAGGCAAUAAGAAAAAAGUCCCUCUGGUGAACUGUAAUAUAUAAUCUUUACUAUAAAUAUGUGCCAUAAAUCAUCUUCAAAUAAAUGUGAACAACACGAUUGCAGCAGAUUCAGCUAAAAUUCAUGUCUGCUCAUUGCUUUUCUCUCUAAUUCAUUCAUUGCAUGGAAAAAAUAAAGUUUUACUAUUUUUCAAAAUAGCCCCUUAAUGAAAAUCUCUAAUUAAAUGGUUGUGACUGCUGGAAGUAUGUUUUGAAGCAUACUCAUUCCCAUUAAGAGUGAAAAACGUCUUUCUUUUUAGAAAAGAAAAGCAUCCUGUUCCUUUCCUUCCUUGAUUUUCAUUUGGAGGUGAAAACAAAACCUACAAAAUAAGGGCUCUGUAUUUAAGCUCAACUCCCUAAGCUUGUAAAACUCUAUCACUGCCCUGAGUCUACCCUGGCUGCUCGGUCUACUAUCCCAAUUAUCCUGAGGCUGACUGGGCAGCUCUUGCUAGUUAAGGGGAGGUACUUCACUUCCUUUCUACACCAUUCCAUGAGUACUGGAAUGAAAAUGUUCAUUUUAGGAGAACAGCUAUACUGAUUGCAUGUGUAUAUCUUUAACUUCUGUGUGUCUUCCUGGAGAUAUCGUUUUAGCUAUUUAAUUUUCUGGAGCUGGGGGAAUGAAUCCCAUUUAAUAGACUGUGAUAGCGACUUAAAGCCCCAGCCUGCAGCCCUGACAUCCCAUGUGGGCACCAGUUCGAGUCCUGGCAGCUCCUCUUCGAAUCCAGCUCUCUGCUCUAGCCUGGGAAAGCAGAAGAUGGCCCAACUCCUUGGGCCCCUGCACCCACAUGGGAGACCUGGGAAAGGUUCCUGGCUUCAGAUCAGCUCAGCUCUGGCAGUAGUGGUCAUUUGGGGAGUGAACCAGUGGAAUGGAAGACCUCUAUCUCUCUCUGGCUCUACUUCUCUCUGUAACUCCUUUUUCAAAUAAAUAAAAUAAUUCUUUAAAAAAAAUAGACUGGGAGAUGCAUUGAGGGUUAGGUUGCUAUGCUGUAACUAAGUGCUGCAACCAGAAUGAGCAGCCCCACCUUGUUUCCCAGUGUCUAACUUAUCAUGUCUGAGUUCAGAGAUGCUCUCUGAAAUAGAAAAGCAAAAUAAGUAGUUGUGUGGUAGAAAGUGAAUGGAAUGUGCAAAAUAAAACCUAACAGUUUCUGUACCUGUAAAAUAAAACAAAUACAAAUUUUCAAGAUUGGAAUGAAGAUUAAAUGAAAUAAAGUUAGAACAUUAAUCACUUUAUCCAGUACUUAGGAGACCCUCAAUAAAUAGUAAUGAAUAGUAAAAAUUAACUGUGAGUGUUGUAGGGCUUUUGAAGGGGACAUUAGCAUGACAGAUAGCUGUUAACCUUGAGUGAAGACUUGUUUUGAAGAUGGUAUCUUUCCUGAAAGAAAAUCAAGCUGUUUCCUCUCUUAUAUGUUCUAAGUCUUUUCCUUUUCCUUUUGUUUUGCUUUGGAUUUUAGUACCCUACACCUACACGGAGUGUUACUGUACCUUGUAAAAAUGCUUUCACACUCUUUGUCAGCUAAUUGUAGUGGCUCUUGUGUUGCUGUUAGUCUUACUUAGGCUUAAAAUACCUAUCCCAUGGGGAAAAUUUGUCUUCCAUGUUCCUAUAUUUUUUUCUGCUCAUAAAUUACAUAGUAGAUUUCAUAUCUGCAGUUGCUGUUGAUGCUUCUUUCUCAGGAGUCAACUUCAUGGAAAUCAGUGGCUGUGGAUGGGCAGUGUCACAGAUAUGCACAGUAAUGGCACAUACAUCAGUUGCGAGUUGCUCAGAGGACUGUGAGUUGGGUGAACCGUGUCCAUCUCCAUCAAGAUGUACAGCACCAGGGCUCUUGAUGUAUAGCACCUGUGUUCUGAUUAGUGGCCAGAUGAAUAACAUUCAGAACUUCCACUAAGGUACAGUAAGAUACUUUGGUGUCAUGGAACCUGGUUUCUUUCCACAAGGAAAGUUUGGCAAACAGCGCAGUCUUUAAUACAUUGUAUUGGUUUGAUGAUCCUACCUGAUAUAGACUAUGUCAGAGAGUCACAAUGACCUUGCACAAUAACAGUACAACCUCGCCUUUGUUUCCAAACAUCAGCUCUUCCUGGAUCCACGGCCCCUCAGAUGCAGGGCUGCCCCCAGGGACAGUCACUCAUUUUGGCAGCUACAAUGUUUCUCGAGCAGCUGGGAAUUUCUCCUCUCCAAAUGGUACCACCAGUGACCCUCUGGGAGGCCAUACCCUCUGGCAAGUGGUCUUCAUCGCAUUCUUAACAGGCUUCCUGGCCUUGGUGACCAUCAUUGGCAAUAUCCUGGUCAUCGUGUCAUUUAAGGUCAACAAGCAGCUGAAGACGGUCAACAACUACUUCCUCUUAAGCCUGGCCUGUGCUGAUCUGAUUAUUGGGGUCAUUUCAAUGAAUCUGUUUACUACCUACAUCAUCAUGAACCGAUGGGCUUUAGGUAACUUGGCCUGUGACCUCUGGCUUUCCAUUGAUUACGUGGCCAGCAAUGCCUCUGUCAUGAAUCUUCUGGUCAUUAGCUUUGACAGGUACUUUUCCAUCACAAGGCCACUCACGUACCGAGCCAAACGAACAACAAAAAGAGCUGGUGUGAUGAUUGGUCUAGCUUGGGUCAUCUCCUUUGUCCUUUGGGCUCCUGCCAUCUUGUUCUGGCAGUACUUUGUGGGGAAGAGAACUGUGCCCCCAGGGGAAUGUUUCAUUCAGUUCCUCAGUGAGCCUACCAUCACCUUCGGCACGGCUAUCGCUGCCUUUUAUAUGCCUGUCACUAUUAUGACUAUUUUAUACUGGAGGAUCUAUAAGGAAACUGAAAAACGUACCAAAGAGCUUGCUGGGCUGCAAGCCUCGGGGACAGAGGCAGAGGUGGAGAACUUUGUACAUCCUACAGGCAGUUCCCGAAGCUGCAGCAGCUAUGAGCUACAGCAGCAAAGCAUGAGACACUCUUCCAGGAGAAAGUAUGGCCGCUGCCACUUCUGGUUCACAACCAAGAGCUGGAAGCCCAGUGCUGAGCAAAUGGACCAAGACCACAGCAGCAGUGACAGCUGGAACAACAACGAUGCUGCUGCCUCCCUGGAAAACUCUGCCUCCUCCGACGAGGAGGACAUUGGCUCUGAGACGAGAGCCAUCUACUCAAUUGUGCUCAAGCUGCCCGGUCACAGCACCAUUCUCAACUCUACCAAGUUACCCUCAACAGACAACCUGCAGGUGUCCGAGGAGGAGCUGGGGACAGGGGAUGUGGAGAGGAAAACCAACAAGCUUCAGUCUCAGAAGAGCGUAGAUGAUGGAGGCAGUUUUCAAAAAAGCUUCUCAAAGAUUCCCAUUCAGUUAGAGUCAGCCGUGGACACAGACAAGACUUCAGAUGUCAACUCCUCAGUGGGUAAGACCACGGCCACUCUACCUCUGUCCUUCAAGGAAGCCACUCUGGCCAAGAGAUUUGCUCUGAAGACUAGAAGUCAGAUCACGAAACGGAAACGGAUGUCUCUCAUCAAGGAGAAGAAGGCAGCCCAGACCCUCAGCGCGAUCUUGCUUGCCUUCAUCAUCACCUGGACCCCCUACAAUAUCAUGGUUCUGGUGAACACCUUUUGUGACAGCUGCAUACCCAAAACUUAUUGGAAUCUGGGCUACUGGCUGUGCUACAUCAACAGCACCGUGAACCCCGUGUGCUAUGCCCUGUGCAACAAAACAUUCAGAACCACGUUCAAGAUGCUGCUGCUGUGCCAGUGUGACAAGAGGAAGCGGCGCAAGCAGCAGUACCAGCAAAGACAGUCGGUCAUUUUUCACAAGCGCGUGCCUGAGCAGGCCUUAUAGAAUGAGGUUUUAUUGAUAGCAGUGACAAAAUGCACACAUCAACCCACAGACCUUAGGAUAAGUGAGGUGCGGGUGGGGGUUAUCUCUGGUGAUGACAUAAAACAUUUUUAUCACCCAGAUGUGAAAGAAGCUGUCUGUUUACUGAUCCAUUGAAUAGACCCACUUUAAUAUGAAAAUCAAAUAUCGAUCCAGCAAAAAAAAAAAAGCGUACUACUGAAUAUAAAGAAAAUUAUUCUGAAAUAGACUUUAUGUGUUUUUCUUAAAGAGGAAAAAAUAUAUUGCUUCACAGCAAUUAUACACCCGAAUUGAAUUGCCUGGGUCUUUUCAUUCCCAUUAGCUCUGGAAUCUCAGAUGAGCAUAGCAGGCCCAGUUGCCACGUUCUUCCCAAGGAUCUCAAGAGAGUCGAUCCAGAUCCCACGUGGAACACAGCAGGCUAGUGAAUCUGUGGUUCUGAAAUGAUUUCAUGUGUUGCAGAGCUGAACCUUCUGGUCCCUGUAGAGCUUCCUGUCUUUCCUUUGGUGUGAUGUUAAACUCUAUUUGUGGACUGAUUCUUGCAAAGUACUGUUUUGUGCAGUUCAAGUUUCGUACAAAUAAAACUACAUAAGUAUAUAUACA